UUUCCCGACAAAACUUCGGUGACAUAUCCAUUCAUUACAUGUAAAAUCGGUUCUUUCAAUAAUUUGAUUAAAGAAAGAACUUCCAAAUUCUUGUAUACUGAAAUACUGCCUAAAAACCAAUGGCUGCUGCAAAAAAACACUGUCAAUGUUCCGGACGAGCAGGAGCGGGAGGAGUUCCCAAAUUUGGCAUCAAUGGAUUUGGACGAAUUGGUCGUUUGGUGUUGAGAACAUCGAUGGAAAGAGGUGCUGAAUGCGUUGGUAUCAACGAUCCUUUCUUAGAUGCUGCCUAUAUGGAGUACCUAUUCAAGUACGAUUCUACCCAUGGUAGAUUCAAAGGCGACGUCAGCCACGAAGACAAAUCCUUGGUCAUUAACGGCAGGAAAAUACCAAUUUUCAAUGAGAAAGACCCCAAGCAAAUCCCUUGGGGAAAAGUUGGUGCCAACUACGUGGUGGAAUCAACCGGCGUCUUUACCACUACCGACAAGGCCUCUGCACACAUAGACGGUGGUGCCAAAAAGGUCAUCAUUUCGGCCCCCUCUGCAGACGCCCCUAUGUACGUCUGCGGCGUCAAUCUGGACGAUUAUGACCCUAACGCGCCUGUCAUCUCCAACGCCUCUUGCACCACCAAUUGCCUGGCGCCGUUGGCCAAGGUCAUCCACGACAACUUCGAAAUUGUUGAAGGCUUGAUGACGACUGUGCAUUCAACAACCGCUACCCAGAAGACCGUGGACGGCCCUUCAGGCAAGUUGUGGCGUGACGGUCGUGGGGCAGCCCAGAACAUAAUUCCAGCUGCCACUGGUGCCGCUAAAGCCGUAACCAAAGUCAUCAAAUCUCUGGAAGGGAAGUUGACAGGUAUGGCCUUCAGAGUGCCCACGCCAGACGUCUCCGUGGUAGAUCUAACCUGUCGUCUUGGCAAAGGCGCCUCCUAUGACGACAUCAAGAGGGUGGUCAAAGAGGCGUCGGAAGGGCCCUUGAAGGGUAUCUUGGGGUACACCGAGGACGAAGUGGUAUCUACCGAUUUCGUAGGCGACACGCACUCGUCGAUCUUCGACGCCAAAGCUGGGAUUUCCUUGAACAACAAUUUCGUUAAGUUGAUAUCGUGGUACGACAAUGAGUACGGUUAUUCCAGUAGGGUGGUAGAUCUGAUCAAAUACGUCCAUAGCAAGAGCUGAGAGGUUCAUCAUCUGAAAUAACAUCUGGUUUAUCGAAAUGUAUACUUUCAAGUGUUCAAUAAAUAGAUGUCAUUGA